AUGGCUUGCAGCAACGACCCGAUCGCUAUUUCACCCAAUGGUGAUUUUUGUAUUAAAAUCAAGGACUUGGGGCUGAGUUUUAACACAAACAUGGGAGUUGAAGGUUUAUCAUCAGUUGGACAAAUACUUUCCAAUCAAUCCUGUGUUGAAUACUUGGGCCUUCGCAACUGCAACCUGUCAUCAGAUCAACUACAAGCUUUCAAAUCAUCCUUGGGAAACACAGAGAUCAAGAAGAUGUGGCUGUAUGGAAACAGAAACAUGGGAGUUGAGGGUUUAUCAUCAGUUGGACAAAUACUUUCCAAUCAAUCCUGUGUUGAAUUGUUGGAACUUGAGUUAUGGUGCUCAUCUUUUACUCAAGCACAAUCACAGUACGAGAUUGAUCACUUGUAUCUGGAUGAAGAUCGAACUGCAAACCAUGAAGAUAUUGUUGCAGUUGCAAAUCUGCUUCCUAAUGUUACAAAGAAGUUAUCAUUGCAUGGAUGGAGAAUAGCAGAUGAAGAUAAAGAAAUAUUGCAGAAUAAAUUGGAUGAAAUUGGAUCUGAGGAACUAGAAAUUCAGUUUUUUAGUAGUACACUCAAAAGUCAAAGGAAGUCAGCAGAUGCUACAACUAAUUUUUUUUCUAAACAACUUCCGACCACAACUUCAAAAGCUGAAUUUGGAUCACCAUAUGCAAACAGUUUUGAAAAUACUGGAGAAAAUGUAGCGACUUUACAAGAAGUAGGAAGCCCAAGAAGUGAACUUUUACUGUCUGAAGAAGAAGCAGAACAAUCAGACGAAGAAGUAAUGGAAGAACUUGCAAAGCCAACUCAGCAUACUUUGCCGCAAAUUGAAAAUAUUUCGUCUCAAAGAAGUGGAUCUGACAUUCUCUUGACUUGGAAUGCAGUAUCUGACAGAAACGUUCUAUACAACAUAGAAAUCUUCUGUGAUGAUGAGAAACUUGGAGAGACUCACACUACAGAAGUUCCUCAGUAUAGAAUGAAGUCAUCUAAACUUGGUAAAAAAUAUCGUUUCCAAGUCUGGGCCAAAGAUGAAUUGGGAAACUCCGGCAUCAAAACACAAUCAAAGAAUGUUAUCAAAUUCGUAAACAUUGAAGUUGCUGGUGGCUCCAUGAGACUGAACGAAUGCAAAGUCACGUUUCCUAGUGGAACUUUCAACAAACGAACAAAGGUAUGGCUGUCGGUUGGAAUAGACAAUUCAAUAUGCCCCAAAGAAUACAUUGGUAUCACACCUUUUUUCGAUAUCAGCGCAGAUUCCAAAUUUUACAAAGAUGCGAUCGUGCAAAUCAAGUCAUGGUGCGUCGGUCUGGAAAAAGACAAAAUUGACAUAUUACAUUUCUCAAGUAAAACUGACUGGGACAUUAUUAAUCCUGAUCGAAUCACAAAGGAUAACAGCAUAGAAUUUCGAUGCAGAAAGUUUAGUCUAUUCACUGUCGCCAUCAAGUGGUUAAAAUGGCUAAUUGGCAAACAACAGGUCAUUGUGGAUAACUGUCUCUAUAUGUCAAACAAAAAUGACUUUCAUUUCACAUUUUAUGGACAAUGUGAGACUGCUGAAACAAGAAUCAGAUCCCAUUUCAGAGAACUAGGGGCACGUCUUGCUCCAAUUUGGUUCAAUCCAAUCCCUUUGGAAACUGGUGACAGACUUCGCCUCGAGUUACAGAUUGAUCGGGGACAAGAAAAUUUACAAUUCAAUAUGCCUCACGGACGUUUCGAUUGUGACAACACAUUUCUAACAUCCCAGAGACAUAAAUUAACAUUUCAUCUCCUUCCUAAUUUGCAAGAAUAUCCUGAAAGACUCAUCGUUUGCAGAGUUUUGAAAAAUGACGUUUUGCAUGAAAUGCAAGACUUUCAUUUUCCAUUAGCCCCUUUAGAGGGAGGAGGACCUCCACCUGUCAACUUUGCUGGAGCAAAUAUCGGAAAUGUGAAUCUACCGGGAAAUCAUAACAAUCAGCAAAUGGGGCAAAACGAACAAAGACAACCUGGUGCAGUUGGUGGAAACCAAGCAAGAGAACCACAAUUGAAUGAACCACUACAACAUGAAAGUGAUAACGAUUCUGAUGACCUUUGCUAAAAACUCCCUCAAAAAUAUGAGAAGUUUCCUGGACUGAACACAUGAGACAAUGCUAAGAUACAAAUGACGCAUGGGCAUGUCGCGUAACAUUAAACUAAAGAGUCAUAUUCGACUUUUAAUUACUCCAACAACCUUGGACUGAAUGCCGAAUGAUCCUGCAGUUCAUACCCCUUAUCCUGGAACAUAUUAUGGACAUGCACAUGUAGUAAAGGGAUUAAAUAUUGAAAAAAUUAACUCACAAAGACUGUUCUCUAAAUAGUCAAAUUUUUCAGUAAUAAUAGAAUUUAAGCAAAAAUUUUAUAAACCAUUUUCAUGUGAAAUGUUGAGAGUAGCAAAUCAGUUCAUCAUUGUAGGUUCAUAGGCUUGUAUUGCGGAGACGUAUAAACUGACUCUUGGUGAUAUGUGCCAUACUGUCACAUUGACGAUUUCUGCAAAUUCUCUUGCUUACACAAGUCCUCACUAGAUUUGACCCCAUAAGCUCACAACGAUAAUCUUUGAAUGAGUGUUUUGGGCAGCCAUUACAACAGCCAUACAACCCGAAGUUUCUGUACCAGAGCAUUUUCCCUUUGCUUUACUUCGCCUCACUUGAUCCCCACAUUGGUACGAAUAAUUCUGGAGCGCCCAAUAUUUAAUAAUUUACAGCAUUUUGUGAAAUUCUGCACCAAAUCCUGAUUUGCAUGUCUUUUCAUUUGUUCCAUACAAGUCCUUGUCAUCUGAUAAAUUUGAAAAUUAGGCUGAGUGCAGCAUGCUUUAGCUUUUUAUGUACAAUUUUUAGUGAGCCACAACAAACUCACUUUAAGCUUUUCCAGAACAUUAUGUGUAUUGUUUUUAUAUCGACCAGAUUAAGAAGUUUUUAUGCAAUUACAAUUUUGAUGGCAUGUCAACUUCCAUUAUUUACUUGAGAUUUUUAGUUUUUCAUGAUUUGCAACUACUGUAUAUAAUCUUGCUGUAUUUGAAUCCUGUAUAUAAGUUUUAUUUGAAACUUCACAUUUGCUUCAAUUUUCAAAAUAUAAAGAAAAAUAAAAAAAAUAAAAAAAUCAAUAAGUAAAAAAAAAUUUUCAAGUUAUUAACAUAAUCGUAACUCGCUUUAUAUAGCUAUUGUUAAAUGUUUAUUAAUUUUUGUUGUGAAAUGCAUUAUCAACUUUUGCUCUUAUGUUUUUCAAUUAUUGUCAACUACUGAUAUCUAUUAUUCCUG